AAACCUCGCCCGCCCGCAACGCCAUCAUCGCUCAUCUCGCCGGGGCCCCGAAGACUUGAUCCAUCCAGAUAGCCCAUCAUGAAUGCCCGCUUCCUCCGCCCCUUCGCGAGGGCUGCUUUCCGCGCCCCGACGGCCGUCCGCCCUGCCGCCCUGGCCCGUCCUGCCCUCGCCGCGAGCCAGAACAAGAAGAGCGAAGUCAGCCCACAGCAGAUGACGGUCCUCAAGUCUGCCAUGCCCCAGCUCAUUCCCUUCUUCUUCGUCAACGAGACGACGGUGGCCUUUGUCCUCCUGCCAUCGCUCAUCUACAUCUUCUCCAAGUACAUCCUGCCCCAGCGCGUGCGCCUGUUCGCCGCCCGCCUCUUCAUCAGCAAGUUGUAAGCCACCGAGGCUGAAACCAAGGGGCCGCGUGACGGACAGAGAGAGGGACAGAGAGAGAGAGAGUGUGUGUGUAUGUGUGUCAAGGAUGACUGUGUACCAAUAGUGGGAAUGUGCUCGUAGACAAUUCAAUGGCAUUGCACGAAGAGAGACGGCACCCCUCUCUCGCGUACUCAUACAUGC